AGUGCCUUCUUGUAUUCUGGUUACUGUUAGCUUAACAGCGUUGUCGAAGCGGGACUCUAAAAUACAGCUGACAGCUGGGGGAGGAUUAGGUUAGUUGUUUGUUUAACGUUACUUUCGUUUCCGAGUUCAGUUAUCAACCGGCCUAUAUUCAGUGCGUCAGCUCUCUGGAAGGCAGAUUCUUUAUGAAUCCAACAAAAAGACUCAGCCGGGACCAUGCAGAUAUUAUCCAAAGCAACACUUUCCCUUUGUUUGUUGACUGUGUUGGGGAGUGUUUUCUUGGGGACCUGCUCAUCGGCGAAUGUUGGAGGUCUUGAUGAGGAUGCUUUCACCAUCAAGCACUCCAGCACAGGGAAGUGCCUGGAUAGAGAUGCUUCGGAAAACUUGAGCCUUACUACAUGUGACCCAAACAGCAGGUCCCAGCUGUGGAAGUGGGGCUGGGGUCACCGCCUCUUCCAUGUGGCCACAUCACUCUGUCUGGCAUUGAACAUCCCCACCAAGACAGUGUCCCUGGUUGACUGUGGUGCCAACCUCCUGUAUUGGCGCUGCCUGGAUGGGGCUGUUUACACUGUUUAUCAGAUGGGUCUGGUAGUCAGUGAAGACAAAGUUGGAGUGAGAGGGGACGCUGGUGAUAACUGGGUAAGAGGAGACUCCCAGGACAACAUCUGCCAGAGGCCAUACCGUGUCGUCCACACCACCAAUGGGAACUCUGCUGGCAAACCCUGUGAGUUCCCCUUCAAAUACAAUGGCAGCUGGCAUCAUGGAUGCCUCCCUGAUGCAGAUUUCCCUGGGUUGUCGUGGUGUGCCACCUCCUCUGACUACGACCAAGACAGAAAGAAGGGACACUGUCUGACACCUGAGAAAGGUUGCACGUCUCUCUUUGCUGGGCCAGAAGGGGAAUUCUGCUAUGAGUUUGUUUCAAGUGUUGCAGUGACCUGGCUGGAAGCGUUGGAUUCAUGUCGUAGUCAGGGAGCUGAUCUGCUCAGUGUGUCUGAUCCUUACGAGCUCAACUCCAAAACCAUACUGGACGGCCUUGGCACAAUGCCAGAGAGGAUGUGGAUUGGCCUUCACCAGUUAGACACAUCUCAGGGCUGGCAGUGGUCAGAUGGCUCCCCUCUCUCCAUCCUGCGCUGGGAACAAGGCAAGCCAUCUAGCCUUCUAUGGAUAUGAUCAGACUGUGGCGUCCUGAAUUCCAAAAAGAACUUUGAAUCUGAAUCAUGCAAUAUACAGCUGCCAUACAUCUGCAAGAAGAGCUUCAAUUCCUCUCACGUAACAACCACAGACUCUUUUGAAUAUAAUGAAACAGUGUGUGUGGACAGUUGGGUUCCAUGGAAAGGCUGGUGUUACAAGUUAGAGAAGGACAAGCCUCUCAGCUUUCUAGAUGCCCAGCAGUACUGUAACAAAACACAGGGAGGCUCUCUGGCAAGCUUUCACUCCAUUGACAGCAAAGAGAUGAUCAGUACAAAUUUCCAUGCAGAUAACAAGUUACUGGAUGUGUGGAUAGGACUGAAAGGUAGCAGCACUAACCUCACUGUCUUUAAGUGGAUUGAUGAGGCACCAGUCACCUUCACCUACUGGGGCUCAAAUCAACCAGUUCAGCCCACUGAGAAUACCAGCUGUGUGUUCUACUCUGGAGAGUCUCAUGGUUGGAGGGUUGGGGACUGCUCACAGAGGCUACCUUUUAUGUGUCAGAAGAAUGGGGAAGUCAGGGAAUCGGUAACACUUGCAGGAUGUCGCUUUGAAGAUGGUUGGAGGAGACACGGCAACUCUUGUUAUCAAGUUAACACCAAACAAGUGUCCUUCACAGAACGCUGCAACAUCACUAUAAGAAACAGGUUUGAGCAGGCCUUUAUCAGCCGUCUGCUUGGAGAGAAGUUCAGCAUAAACCCUCAGUAUUUUUGGAUAGGGCUGCAGGACAUUAAGAACACAGGAGAGUACCAGUGGGUGAGCCAGGAUGGGUCCCCAGGUAUGGUUACAUACACCAACUGGGGUCAGUUUCAACCAGAUCAUCCAGGAGGUUGUGCAGUAAUUUCCACCACAAAACCCCUGGGCAAGUGGGAGGUGAAGAACUGUACAUUUUUUAAGGCCGGCACAAUUUGUAGAAGAGACCUGAGUCCACCUCCACCCCCAGAACCAGAGCCGAACCCCAACGCAACCUGCCCUGAUGGAUGGAUGUCUCAAAAGGACAGCAAAUACUGCUACAAGGUGUUUCAUGAGGAGAGGCUGAGCAGGAAGCGCUCGUGGGAGGAAGCUGAGAGGUUCUGUCAGGCUCUGGGAGCCAACCUGCCUAGUUUCACCAGUACUGAUGAGAUGAAAACCCUGAAUAACAUCAUGAGAGGAUCCAUCAGUGACAAUCGGUACUUCUGGGUUGGACUGAACAAACGAAACCCAUUAGAUCGCACCUGGCAGUGGAGCGAUGGCCGACCUGUAUCUAUGGAUGUUUUACACCAUGGUUUCAAUGAGGAUGAUGCAUACAAUCGGGACUGCACUGCAUUCAAGACAAUCAAGAGCACCUUCAAACACCUGCUCGUGUUUCUGUUCCACAACACGCCACCCACACCUUUCUACGCCACACCGUUUCACUGUGGCGCCAGGCUAGAGUGGGUCUGUCAAAUACCCCGCGGAAGGACACCGAAGACCCCAGACUGGUACAACCCUGGUGGGCACCAUGAGACAUCUGUCUUUGUAGAUGGAGCAGAGUUCUGGUUUGUUAAGGAGCCUAAACUAGCUUUUGAGGAGGCAAUGCUUUUUUGCAAUGCAGAAGGUAGCAAACUGGCUACACCGCUCAGUUCCACUGCUGCCACAAAGAUCCACCAGCAAAUAAAAACUAUAUCAAAUUCUUCUAAGCAAAACUGGUGGGUCAACUUGCAAGAGCCUGGGCGGAUAUUUCCUAUGACGAAUACCGAGAUGUACUUUUAUGCUUUCCUGGGCAGAUGCACCUCCAUCACUCCUGAAGUCAUCUUUCCAGACAAUAGAGGCAGCUGCCAACAGCGGUUGUCCUUUGUGUGCGAAAGACACAACAUCACAUCAGUGGAGAAAAGCCCUCUGGAGCCUCGACCUGGAGGACUGCCCUGUGGAAAUGGCUCGCUGUCUUUCAGAAAUAAGUGCUACACACUGAUGGGGAGCAGGAAGCCUGUGAAAUUAAAGUCUGCCAAUGAGGAAUGCAUGUCCAUGGGGGGAUCCCUGGUGUCUAUAUUAGAUCAGGUGGAGCAAGACUUCAUCACCACCCUUUUGCCAAGAAUGACAAAUAAGGAAAAGAUAUGGAUCGGUCUGAAGUUCAGACGCAAUGACCCUGAAUGGGCGGACAAUGACCCUGAAUGGGCGGACAAGUCUCCAGUUGACUACCUGAACUUUAAUCCCCUGCUUCUGCACAUGCACAAGGCUAUAACUAUCAAUCCCUUGGAUCCAGAGAGUUUUAAUUUGUGUGUGUUUUUGAUCAAUAACCCUAACUCUGCCAUGCUGGGUACCUGGGACUAUUCUUCCUGCACACAAUAUCAAAAUGUGGGCAUUUGUCAACACUAUGCAGAAAAAGUAGAGGAGCCCCACAUCCCAACAGAGCCAUUCCACGUCAAUAACCACACCUUCCUGCUGCUUGUCCAAAAUGUCACCUGGUUCGAGGCCAUAGAGCACUGCAGAAAUAAUAGCAUGGACCUGGCAAGUGUGGCUGACACCUUAGUCCAGGCCACCCUCACUGUGCAUGUGAGCCGUGCACGCACGCCCAUGUGGAUCGGCCUCUUUAGCGAAGAUGAUGGGAUCCACUACCGCUGGACCGACCACAGUCACACUGUGUUCAGCCGUUGGUCUUCUGAAGUCACCAGUGGCCCUUGCGUCUUCCUGGACACUGAUGGCUUCUGGAAAGCCACCUUGUGUGAGGACAAGCUAGGAGGCGUUAUCUGCCACAAACCACAUGAAGAGAUCAUCACCACACCAGAGGAUGUUGCAGUGAAGUGCCCCCAUAAGAUUAACGGUCCAAACUGGAUCCCCUUCAAGAAUAACUGUUACUCCUUCCAGCUGGUCUCCACCAGAUGGGAGCAGUUUGACCGGGGACAGAUUCACGACACCUGCAAAAAAUUUCAUGCAGAGGCAGACAUCCUAACUAUCCGAAAUACAGAGGAGAAUGAGUUUAUCAAGCAGCAGCUCCUACAGUUUCAAAACCUGGUCCACUUUGUAUGGCUGGGGAUGUUCAUGGAUAACAACGAUAAUCAGAUGAAGUGGUAUGAUGGCACAAAUGUCCAGUAUUCCAACUGGGCAAAAGGCAGACCGAGUGUAAAUGGACCGUUUUUGGCUGGUCUCACCAUUAAAGGCACCUGGCUCAUCGUUCCAAGUCAGAAUUUAUUCCCAGAAUUCAAAGAAGUCACUAUUGUGGCCUGCAAGCUGGACAACGAAAACAAACAGGAAUACAGCCAGUCACCCAGGGAUUUUCAGCAUUAUGGCAAUUUAACUUAUGAGCUUGUGACCCGAAAGCUGAAUUGGUACCAGGCUCUGGAAGAGUGUGGUCAGCGUGGAGGCCACCUGGCAAGUGUCCAUGACAUCCAGCACAGUGCACAUGUGAACCUCAUUGUCAAGCUAGACGGCUUCCCGCUCUGGAUUGGCCUGUCGAAUCAGGAUGUCAGUGGUUCAACCUAUGAAUGGUCUGAUGGAACGAGAUUUGACUACAACCACACCAUCUCUGACUCAAAUGAGGGCUCCAGCUCAAACAAACGGGCCAGCUGUGUUUUUGUAAACCCUGCUGGAGCCUGGGUGAGAACUGACUGCAAUUUGCCAGUAGACGGUGCCAUCUGCUACACUACCACCAUCACCACCACUUCCCAAAGAGCCAGACUGCAUGCUGCCCCAGAGGCCAAUCACUGCCCUCAGAACAGCGGUGUGUCCAAGUGGGUGCAGCAUCAGGAUCACUGUUACGCCUUCGACAUGAGCUUCUACAACUACAAAGUCUACAGCAUGGAGCAGGCCAAAAGCAUGUGUCAGCGCAUGGAUGCUCAGAUGUUGACCAUAAAAACCAAAGAGGAGAAUGAUUUUGUGUUAAAGUACAUGUCCGAUGAUCCUCUCAUCACCAGGCGUGUAUGGCUCGGCAUGGACUUCGACACUAAAGGUAAGCCUAUAUCCUGGCACGAUGGCUCAGCUCUGGUUUAUUCUAACUUGAAGAAUGAGGCCACUGGGCAGCAGUCAGAGCCACUCUGUGCCGUCAUGAUGGUAGGAGAUGAAGGAAUCUGGAAUGUUGUCAGCUGCGAGACUAGCCACAGCCGUGUUGUCUGCAAAACUGAAGCAAGGUCAUCCGGCUCUCAUGUGGCGCUGGGUCUCUUCAUCGUGGUCCUCCUUGUUCUCCUUCUAAUUGUCGCCUUCAUCAUCUAUAAGAGGAAAAGACCCCACUUCUCUACUACUGUUCGCUACAAGCGGACCUAUGAUGAAUCAGACACCACUAGUAUGAUAACAGAUGCUGAGUGAGCUUGCAUAAGGAAUCAACCUCAGGGAGUAUUGAGGUGCAUGCCUUGUGUGCAUUUUAGUAUUUUUCAGAAAGAGCAGGUGCAGCCUUCCCCUUUUUUAAAUUAUUUAUUUAUCCUGCUCAAGCCAGAAACCUAGAACCACGUGUAAAUUCAGUUUCUUAAUUUGGGUUACUUUAGAUCCCUUGGUUAUACCUAAUGUAAAUACUUUGGCUGAUUUUGUUUGGUGAAUGUUGAGAGUUUUUUUAAAUGUGUUUUGGGGGUUUUGAGAUUGUAAAAAGAUUUUUAGUUGUUAUACAGAAAUAUGCAACCUGAUAAAAUCUGUCUUGCACUUACAUUCAGUCUUAAAUGGUUAAUUUGCACUGAUGUAUGAGUGACUCCAAACCACCAGAAACAAAAUGUGCAGUUGCUUUAAUGUACUAUACCAUUUAUACAAAUGGUUCCAAAUUCAUUUUUCAGCCUCAGACUCUUUGAUUUCCACAUGGUGAAUGAAAUCAGUACAUUAAUAGACUUUUCAAAGACAGUUCACCUGAAAUACAGUGAAACUUUCUUCUUUUUGGACUGUAUUUAUGAGAAACCUUGCUGUUGAGUUCUCAUAGAAGUAGUUGUACAUUGUUUUUUGGGACUGAGCUCCACAUUAUUGGCAUGAGUUCAUAUCUUUCAAACUUCAGCAAAUCACUAUUAAAGCUAUCUAAACUGAGACAUUGUGCUCAGGUCAAGCAAAUGCAAACUUUUUAGAUGGACUGUGCCUUGUAGAAAAAUUUGUCAUGGAUGAAACUCACUGAUUGUGCCUUUUAACAUCACUACUUCAGAAGGAAUUGGAGUUCUAAAGCCACUGGAUAGGGUUGCUUUAUAUGCAUUUACUGACUCAGUUUACUCAUUAAUACCUACAAAUAUGUUUUGGUUUUCAACGUAUCAAUGAGGGAGAGGGAAACUGAAGAUUUCAUUCUGAUUGGCUUUAAAAGUGUAGGACACAGUUCAAAUGAAUCAGACACCUGCUUCAUAAUUUUUGUAGAUCUGAUUUUACUAUGCACUUAACUACUGAGCAAGAACGCACUUUAAUAUGUUGUGGAGCUACAGUUCCAAUAAUGCUUAAGCACAAUGAGUUUUGAAGGGUUUUUAAAGAUGUUGAGAAUGCACUGGUGUUUGCUGUACAUGCUUUGUAAUUAUGUGAUGUUUGUUUUAUAACAAGAACAAACCAAAGAUCCGCUGACUUGUUUGAAUGCCAAAGCCUGAGAUUUUCUUUCAGUUUGUGGAACCGCCAUGCUGCAGCUUGUUAACCCGUUUAAACCGAGUUGUAAAACAAAUGUUAAGUCUGUUUCCCACCACUCCUAAACAGAUCUGUCAACUCCAAUAAGGUACACCUUCCUUUCAAUAAAAAUGUCUUGCCUCCAAAGACUUCUUCAA